AUGCCGGUUGAAGAAGUUUCGUAUGAGCUGCAGCGCGACGACUUGCCGUCCGAUCGUCAGCCAGCGUCACCGCCACCGCCACCGUCGCCGUCGCCAACACUCGGCGAGCGUCUGAAUCAGGUUGCGCCGUUCAUUGACGCGCAUCUUCGCGAACUCCGCACUGCUGCCACAGUCUCACUCGGAUUCGCGACUGUGCUGGUCGUGAUGCGUUACUCUCAUCAUGUCACGCGUUGGACUUCGACUGCUCAGGUGCCGCAGCAGGCAAUUCUAAGUCGAAAACGGAUACGAGCAGCGGUUGUUGGCGUCGAUGUUCAGCAACAGGCACUCCAAGUGUGGCAUUUGCCGCUGUGGCGCGUCUGGUUGCGCAGCUACAAUUUGCCACCAGCGGGACACAUGGCAGACACCCUGCUCGUUCGGUUUCCGGGCGUCCAGCUUGCAACAGACGAGGAGAGCGUACUUGCCUUGCACAAGGAACUGUGCAAAUCACCCCGUUCAUCCCAGCCUAUUGUGUUGAACUUUGAAAUCCUGACAACGACCAACGCAGUUCGCGAAGAGCUUCGGAAAACACUUCCGCAGGCUUCCGCUGGAGGCCCGCUUUCGUCCCAUCUCAUCAAGUCCCCAGGACGGUUGCUUGGCGAGGAUGUAAACGCUCUACUGUGUCAUGGCUGGCGUUCGAAGGGAUUUCUUGGACGAAAAGAUGAAAGUAUCGAACACACGCUUAUCAGUGCCGGGAUUGCCACGGUAGACCGAGAGUUCUUGACCAGCAGCGCGCCUUUUGUGCAGGAGCUGCUCACUCCGUUCGAAGUGCACGAGCUGCUCGAGGCGGAGCGGCACGCAGACACAUACGAGCGUGGUAUCUGGAAGGCGGUGCAUGUUGCGCGUCGACAAGAGCAGCUCGAGCACGCUCGGCAACAGCUGUUGCGCAAUGUCGUGGAGCCAGCCGCGAAAUUGGCAUCUGCAGGUGCCAAUCUUACGGAGCACGCAAGAGCCGCAAUCGCCUCCGUGUCCGAAGCCACUGCCUCUGCAACUCAGUCUGUACUCCAACGCGGUGCAGCACUCUCAGACGCAGCCAAGUCGUCGCUGACUUCAAGCGUCGAUUCUGUCAAGUCAGCGGGUGCCUCCUUGUCCGAUGCGGCAGCCAGUGCCGCUGAGGCCAUGAAGAAGGCUGCCAGCUCUGCCACAUCAUCUGCCAAUGCAGUUGCAGGGGCGUCGGCCAGUAAACUUGGCAACGUUAGAGCCGAUGUUGCCGAGCGCGCUAAAUCCGCUGCCGAUGCAGCGGCGGAGACUGCAGCCAGUGCUGCGGCUGCACUCAAGCAACACAGUGCAAAGAUGGCCGAAAGCGCCCAAGCAGCAGCAUCUGUCGGAGAUCGAGCGGUUUCCGCUGCAUCGAGUGCCGCCGCCGCGCUCAAGCAAAGCAGUUCAAAGAUUGCAGAAGGCGCCAUGGCAUCCGUCACUGCAGCAUCGCAAAGCGCGCGCACUGUGGCCAAUGCUGCUCAGAGCACUUUGGGCACGGCUGCUUCGGCUGCCAAUUCCGUGUGGAGCGCAGCGGCCAAAGCCCUUUCACGGCAAGGUCGCAAUUCCCAACCCAACAGCGAUGCUGAAGCAUCAGACAAGAAUCAAAAGCCGCCGCAGCAGCAGCGGCCCAAAGAUUGGCCGUGA